ACGCCCCCGCCCCCUCUACCCCCACCACGACCUUUAGACGCCCCUGCCCCCCCGUCCCGCAGUCGGCCCUCAGAAAAGCCCAACGGCCAGCCACUGCCCUGUGUGGAGCCUGAGCCUGUGGCGUUGUCCAGAGAGGACCGGACAUCAGGAGACGGGACAGAUCCAGACAGCUCAGAGAAGGACCUGGCGGAGGUGCCAAGUCUGAGGAAGAGACACAGGGAGGAGCGUAUCGCCUGCACGGCCCAGAAGCUUCACCUGAUGAAACAGAGACUGACGAACACAGAGAGGCAGAGAGAACGCUGGCUGUACUGGAGGCCUGUCCUGCUCAACAUGGGGGCUGGAGCUGCCGUGGCCCUGGGGCUAGUGGUGGUUUGGCUCUUCUCCCAGUGACUUCCCUCCCUCUGUCAGAGCUGUCGUGGCCCUGGGGCUAGUGGUGGUUUGGCUCUUCUCUCAGUGACUUCCCUCCCUCUGUCAGAGCUGUCGUGGCCCUGGGGCUAGUGGUGGUUUGGCUCUUCUCCCAGUGACUUCCCUCCCUCUGUCAGAGCUGCCGUGGCCCUGGGGCUAGUGGUGGUUUGGCUCUUCUCCCAGUGAUUUCCCUCCCUCUGUCAGAGCUGUCGUGGCCCUGGGGCUAGUGGUGGUUUGGCUCUUCUCCCAGUGAUACCCCCUCCCUCUCUGACUCCUCUUUUUGCACCAGUACCUGGGACACGGUGCCCUCUCUCUCUCUCUCUGUAAGAUACAUUCUCAUGGUCUGUUUGUGCAUAACAGGGGUAUUUAUUUCUACAGGUCAAAACCAAGAUUGGGGUCAAUUCCAUUUUUGAUUCCUGUCAAUUCAGGAAGUACACUGAAAUUCCACAUUUCAAUUCUCUUCAAGCUUUUUUAAUGAUUUAACAGUUUGAAUUUAGUUUUACUUUCUGAACUGAAAUGGUGUUGAACUCAACCCUGGUGGAAAGGUCAGAGCACUAGAUCAAACCGUCCCGGUGUAUAUUUUGGUUCCUGUUUAUAGAUCUUGGUGGUAACGUCUUCUCUCAGGCUGUUGGUGCUCCAGUUGGCAGCACCUGAUGAAUGUACUGUCUGAAUCCCCCCUAUGCAGCAGCAACAGACAUCAUGUGCAAAAGGCUCAGUACAAAACAACAACAUCUUGACCUUUUUACUUCCGUUCAUUCUUUUUAUUUCAUUUUAAAAGGUCAGAUUGUUUCAUUGAUAUGAUUGAUGUACGUAUUUGACAGGAAGCAAUUCAAAGGCUGGGUUUCACCUCUUUUUGGGGGGAUCCUCUCAUAGAGCACACAGUGCAACAGGAACAUAGAGGUCAGAGGUCAACAGUAGAACUGUUCUCUAACCAACAACAUACUUUGUUCUUCAUAAUGCUGAUGGUGCUUUGACAUGUGUUCCUGACCAGACACGGUUCUUCCGUUGUGUCAGCAGGGCCCGGACCGGGCAGAGUUUGGUCUGUUGUUGUGUACCGGGUCCAUACAGCGGGUUUCCCCCUGGUCCGUUAGUCUGGUCUCUACCUACCAACCCGCGUUGUUGUGUACCGGGUCCAUACAGCGGGUUCCCCCUGGUCCGUUAGUCUGGUCUCUACCUACCAACCCACGUUGUUGUGUACCGGGUCCAUACAGCGGGUUUCCCCUGGUCCGUUAGUCUGGUCUCUACCUACCAACCCACGUUGUUGUGUACCGGGUCCAUACAGCGGGUUUCCCCCUGGUCCGUUAGUCUGGUCUCUACCUACCAACCCACUUUGUUGUGUACCGGGUCCAUACAGCGGGUUCCCCCUGGUCCGUUAGUCUGGUCUCUACCUACCAACCCACGUUGUUGUGUACCGGGUCCAUACAGCGGGUUCCCCCUGGUCCGUUAGUCUGGUCUCUACCUACCAACCCACGUUGUUGUGUACCGGGUCCAUACAGCGGGUUCCCCCUGGUCCGUUAGUCUGGUCUCUACCUACCAACCCACGUUGUUGUGUACCGGGUCCAUACAGCGGGUUCCCCUGGUCCGUUAGUCUGGUCUCUACCUACCAACCCACGUUGUUGUGUACCGGGUCCAUACAGCGGGUUCCCCCUGGUCCGUUAGUCUGGUCUCUACCUACCAACCCACGUUGUUGUGUACCGGGUCCAUACAGCGGGUUUCCCCUGGUCCGUUAGUCUGGUCUCUACCUACCAACCCACGUUGUUGUGUACCGGGUCCAUACAGCGGGUUCCCCCUGGUCCGUUAGUCUGGUCUCUACCUACCAACCCACGUUGUUGUGUACCGGGUCCAUACAGCGGGUUUCCCCCUGGUCCGUUAGUCUGGUCUCUACCUACCAACCCACAUUGUUGUGUACCGGGUCCAUACAGCGGGUUUCCCCUGGUCCGUUAGUCUGGUCUCUACCUACCAACCCACUGGGUUACGUUCUACUGGCAGCUGAUCCAGGAUGUCUCUCCUGGUGGACUUCUCAGCUAGCUAGCUUGUGCAAAGUCUGCUUAUGAGGUUAUAUCUGAUACGACAAGCUUGGUAACCUGAGUCUUAUGAGGUUAUAUCUGAUAUGACAAGCUUGGUAACCUGAGUCUAUUUUAUUUAGUUGUAGUAUUAUUCAUCUGAUGCUGGCGGACUGACUGACUGGAUAGCUGACUGGCUGACUGGCUGACUGACUGACUGGAUAGCUGACUGGCUGACUGACUGACUGGAUAGCUGACUGGCUGACUGACUGACUGGAUAGCUGACUGGCUGGCUGACUGACUGACUGACUGGAUAGCUGACUGGCUGACUGACUGACUGACUGGAUAGCUGACUGGCUGGCUGACUGGCUGGCUGAUGCCCAGCAGACAGUAAGGAGAAGUGAUGUA